AACACGCGCUGUUUGGUUUUUGGGACAGAGCGGUCCCUGUUGGGGCGAGCAUCCGGAGGAGUGAGCGGCUGGAGCAGUCGCUCCCUGUAUCGAGCACCGGGCACAGAGAGCCGAGGCCGGGUCGGGUCUGGCACAGGCUGCCCGUCCCAGCAGCCACCGAGGGCUGCCAUGGGUGCCCCCGGCACGCGGCGGGCGCGGGGCCUCCCGUCUGUGCUGCGGGGCCGCAAGUCCGGGCUUGAAUCCCGGGGUGGUGUGCGCUGGAGUCGCAGGCGGCGUGCGGCACCGGGGGAGCUGAACAGGUUGAGUGACUUCAGGCUGUGGGAGGAAUAAUCUUCUCGGGUUGCUUCAGAGAGCUGAGGCAGCCAAACCGGGCGAGGAUGGCACUGCGGAGCGCCUCGCCGCUCUGCCAGGUACCUCCGGAGUGUUUGUGUUUGGAGGACUUUUUAUAGAACUGCUGUCAAAACGGGCAGAGGGAGCUUCACUGGGACCCACCUGGGAAGGGAGGUGGUGUGUAGGUGUGCACAGGAGGGACGUGUGUCCCGAGCGGCUGCCCUCAGCCCGAGCCCAGCGUAAACAGGUCCAGUCUGAUGUUUAUCGGGGACUCUCAUCUCCUGAGCUGGUGCAUUUUUUCCUGCCCUGUCAGUUACGAUCCGCAGGCGGGGAGCACUAAAGCCAACUGUGCAGCGUGAGGGAGGCUGCGCCCGCCGGCCCUGCUGCGGCCAGCGCUGCCCGGCCCAGCUGCGGGACCCGGCGGGGACCCGGGGCUCCUGCCUCUGGCGUCAGCCCCAGCGCCGUCCCCGGGCGCCAACUGACUCACCGUGACUCACUGCAAACUUGGAUGCGAGCGCAAAGUAUACAUUUGCAAAUUGGCUGGUGAGGCACUGCUUUGCAAUGUAGGUGGGAUGUAUUACAUACUCCAGCAGCCGAGUUCUGCUCUUUUUGCCUCCUCCCUCUCCCUCCGUGCAGGAUGGCUGGCUGAGCCCGGCAUCGCCGUGCCGCUCUCGCUGGCGCAGGAAGGUGGCUCAGCCCACUCCGGUGGAUGUGGCGUGUGGAUGGCCCCAGCUCUGCUCCUGACGGAGCCCUCCUCUGAAGAUGGAUGAUUUAGCUCUCCUUGACCUGUUGGAGUGCCCUGUGUGCUUUGAAAAGCUCGAUGCCACUGCGAAGGUACUGCCGUGCCAGCACACCUUCUGCAAGCCCUGCCUGCAGAGGAUCCUGAAGUCCCAGAAGGAGCUGAGGUGCCCCGAGUGCAGGACCCUCGUGCUCUGCAGCAUCGAGCAGCUGCCCUCCAACCUGCUCCUCAUUCGCCUCCUGGAUGGAGUCAGGUGUGGACAAAACAUCACCAGGUUUGGCUCCAUCCAGAGGUCGGGGGUCCUGUCCUCCCCCGCCUCCCUGCGGAGGGUCCCCAGGGCGCUGCAGCUGCACCAGCACCGGCUGGCCACCAGUCCCAGGAUCCACAUGGAAGGGGUCCCGCGAGCCAAGGCGCUGUACACCUACCGAGGGCACAACCCCGGGGAGCUGCGCUUCAACAAGGGGGACAUCAUCCUGCUGCUCCGGCAGCUGGACGAGAACUGGUACCUGGGGGAGGUCAACGGCGUCAGCGGCGUCUUCCCCGCCAGCUCCGUGCAGGUCAUCAAGCAGCUGCCCCUGCCACCGCCCCUGGGCAGAGCUCUCUACGGCCUUGACCUGAGGAGCAGGGACAAGGUGGAGAACAAGGACUGCCUGACGUUUCACAAGCCAAACACCACUGCCAGGCAGCUCCUCCAGACCAGCAAAAGCCACUGGUCCCCUCAGUUUAAGUGCGCGUCCCUACGGACGGCGUCUCCCAAAGCCAAGGGUGCGGACUCGCCGGCCUUCCCCAAGGUGCCCGACUCCCGGCGCAAGAGCCUGCGGCAGUUCUCCAUCACCACCGCCCUCAACACCCUCAACAGGAUGGUCCACGCACCCACCGAGCGGCAGGCGCUGGAGAUCAGCUCCCCCGUCCUCAUCAGCUCCAGCAACCCCACCGUGGCCACCCAGAGCAGCGAGAAAGCGGAGUUUCCCUACAGCCCACCUCUCCAGGUCAGUGCAUCUUACUACGCUGCGCCAGGAUCACUGGGGCCCUCGGCAGCCAUUGUCACCCUGCCCCACCUGCAGCACCAUGUGUCAGCUUAUAUGUGUGUGGCUCUCCAUUCCUACACGGCUCACGGACCGGAGGAGCUGGAGCUGCAGAAGGGAGAAGGGGUCCGUGUCUUUGGGAAGGACCAGGACGGCUGGCUGCGGGGCAUGUCCCUCGUCACGGGGAGAGUGGGCAUCUUCCCCAGCAACUACGUCGCUCCCCUCUUCAGGAAACCUAAUCUCUCUGACUCGAAGAUGCCUUCCCUGUACGCCUCCUGGACACUAUCGACCUCCUCGCUCUCCUCCCAGGGGAGCAUCUCGGAGAACGGCCCCAGACAGAGCCGACCCCUGAAGCCAGCGCUGCUGCCCGUGCCCGUCCCCUCGCCCGGGAGGAGCGCGCUGGCCUCGGGACAGGCGUCGCUGCGGCGCGGACGGGGCAGCACGAGGAAGAACGGGUCCCUGCAGAGGCCGGGGCAGGCAGGGACCCCCGUGCACGUCGCCGGCUCCCUCAGGCGUCCCGCGGCUGUGGGACGACCCCAGCAGUUUCAGGUUUACCAGCACGCCAGCCCCCCGCCGCACAGCGUGUCCCCCGGCGCCGGCGUGGCCGAGGCAGCCACGAGGACAAGCUUCUCUCACGAGGCUUCCCCGGCGCUGGUGGUGCGAGGAGGGGAGAGCAGAACUCCCUCUGUGUGCAGCUCCGUCAUCCUGGACGCCAAAGACCCCCCGGCAAAGAGCGAGGCAGCUCCAAAGCCGCCGGCGUCGGCCCCACCGUCCAUCCUGGUGAAACCAGACACGUCCCGCAACAGCGCCGAGAAGCAAGUGAAGACGGUGAGGUUCCAGAACCACAGCCCCCCGCCGCCCAAGCGGCACAGCCUGCAGCCCUCCCCGAGCCUGCUGCGCAGCCGGAGCGAGACGGCGGCCACAGCAGAGCUCCUCCUGCCAGAAGGCAUCCUGCCAGGCCCCGAGCUGGCCGUCUUCUACUCACCCAGGGCCAGCGCCAGCCCCCUGCACCAGCGACGGGUGCUGCACCCCAAGGCGCUGUCGCUGGACCUCUCCGGGCAGCUCACCUUCCCCGGCAAGAAGAGCUACAGCAGCAUUUCUGCAAACUGACGGGGUAACGCCUCCGCUCGCCCCCUCCCUCCGCCUGCCCCUCUGCUCCCUCCUGCCGGGGGCGAGCACCCCGCACCCCCACUGGCCCAACACCCCCCCAGUCCCCUCCGGCAGCACGGGGCAGGCGUUCCCCAUGGCCCCAUGCCGCCAGCACCCACGGGACCUGCAGCUCGGAGGCUGGCAGAGCACCAAGGGAGAGUCGGGUAUUGAUCCCCGCAGGGAGCCCUGUCCCAGCCCCGGCUGGAGGAUCCCCCUGCCCCCAGGACGGCUGCGAGAGACCAGAACGGUGUUUGUGGCAUCCACAAACCCCAUGUUCUCUGGUGCCGUGCGGGGCUGCUCUGUGGAACUGGAGGAGGAGUGGGAGGAGGCAGAGACUGUGCGGGUAUCAGAAACAGUUAGGCUUGUUUUGAUCUCCUCACUGCUGCAGGAAAGCCCACAGAGAUCAAAACACUGGUUCAUUACUUCCCUGCUUCUGCAGGAUAAAGAAACCAUAAAUCAAAAUCAGUCAGUUCCUAACUGACGAUUCGUGUUGCCUUUCGAGGGGCGCUCGCUCAGAUUUUUGUUAGGUUGGUUGGUUGCUUGCUUUUCUGUUUGGUUUUAGUCCCCGAGUUUUAACACAGAAUGUAGUUUAAAAGGUGAUUUGAGAGAAAAGAGACAACGGAAAGGGACAUGCCAUUCCCGGAGUCACUUAGACUCUGUAGACAGGGGGAUGGCAUCGUGCUUCUCCUCAUUGCUUGGUUUCCUCUAAUUACCUGUCAGGUACCUCCCAGCAGCCCAGGAGCUCCCUCCAGCUCCUUCCCACCGCCCGCCCACUCAGACAUUGCUUUUGUAAAUAUCCUCAGUGGAAUUCCUGGGUUUAAGUCUACAUUAAGAUGCAUGAAACAUUGUCUAAGCAACAGAAAGCAGAAUCCAGCGCUCCCCGUGCCACAGACCCCCCUUUCCAGCAGACCCCAUUUCCUCCUGUGAUCCCAGGGACCGGCAGGGUCUGGGCAGCCCCCCCUCACCGGCCGGGACCUCUCACCAGCAAACCUACACACAACAGCUUCUGGGGCUCGUACCUUGGUUUUAUUACUGGUUUAUAGACCAGCAGUCCCACCCCAGCCACAACCACCGGCCGCCAGAUCUCCCAGCAGCAGGAGCCGUGCUUCUUCCAGAACUGCUGUAAAAUCACACCCUCAGCAAAUCUCACACAGAAGCCAUGAAGUUACCUCCACUGCUCAACAGGAACUCUCCGAGGCACUGGCACAGCCUCAGAGGACUUUUCUUUCCUCUUUCUUCAGAGGAGUUUUCUUCUGGAACUAAGAAAAUAGAAUGCAUAAAAACAUUCCCUGCUCUGCAGCCCCUGUUCCUGAGGUCUCCCAGCCCGUUUCUUCCUGUGGAGCAGGACAUUGGCCUUCGCCUGCAGGGCUUCCAGCAGCGCAGACACCACCAGCAGCACAGAGAAGUGCUUCACCUUCUGCUCUCUGCCACUAGUUAAGCUCCCGCAGAAAAGUCCUGACAAACUGAAAACGUGCGGUUUGCGCAGGUCCAAGAGGUGGUGCCUGCUGUAAAUCAGAGGGGGAGCACCACUCAGCGAUGCCACCUCAGAGGCAGCUGAACAUCUUGGAGAGGACGUGCCGGUGCUGUCCUGGAGACUCCUCUUAUCCUUUUAAAACUAAACCAGGAAACUUGACAAUCCGUCUCUAUAACCCAGACACCCUCCACUUCUCCCAAGCACAUUCAGAACUGAACAGAAUUGCAUGAGGACUGUGCAGGACCCGCUCGGUGGGCCAGGCAGCAAGGAAGAAUUUAAAGGUCAGUUUGGGGCUGCAAAAUUAAAAGCUCAGAAUGCAGACAGGGAGAAGUGACAGCAGCUCCAUUUCUCACCCCUCGGUCCUGCCAGGCAGCACAGCACCUCCCCUGCCCCGGCGUACCAGGCGAAGCUCCAGGGGACACCGAGAGCAUCAGGGAAAGCUGGAGGUGCUCAGGAUGCCAUAAGACUUAAUAAGCCAUCAAGGUUUCCUGCACAUCUAGGCUCUCAACAGCUGGACACCACUCACAUUAUCAGUUUGGAAUAUUGCCUUUCAUGGAACAAACCCACCCUUUUACCCUCUCGGAUUGAGAUAAACAGCAAUAAGAUUUCACAGCAGCCAGGGAAGCCUUCAAAACUUCAGCCCAGUAAAUGAUAGUGAAGGCUUCAGACAAACAUUCCAAAAAGCACCACAAAUCUCUCCCGGAUUUGGCCCUUAACCCGCUGUGUUACAACACGUGACAGCGUGGGGCUGGCGGGGACAGAGAGGCUCUGACACACACACGUGCAGUCACACACAGUCACGGGGAAAGGAAGCACCGACGGCGACAUCAGUGCUUUGGUAAAAGAGCAGGCAGCUAUUUUGGGACAGAUCUCUGAGUUUCUUGCAUGGGAUAUUUCAGUGUUUUGAUGCUAUGGUGAUAAGUGCCCUAAAUAUAUUCAAAAUAUGUAGGGAGAGAGAACGGAAAACAGGAGAUAUUUUAAAGCCACAGCUCUAAUGGCCACCUUGUUCCCGUGGCCAUACCUGCCCCUCGGUUCCCUGCUGCAGCCACCGAGCAAAGUCCUCGUCUCCUCCGCUCCUCCCUGGCAGCACCUCGCAGGAGGCAUCGGGACUGUGCUGUGUCACCAAGGAGCAUCCCAAGGAAGAGGGACCAGAACUCACUGGAACUCAGACCUUUCUCUUCCCAAAGCCCAGGCUCAAGCAGAAGCUCCUGCAGGAGCCACCGUGGAGCUUUGUCAGGAGCCCUGAGCCAGGCAGCGCCCACUGCAUGGCCCUCGUCUGCACGGAGAAGCUGCUCAUGAUGGGGAAGACACCAACUGGGUCUUUCAGGGAGCAAUUCCAAGUGCCCCAGACUAAAAAUGUCUGUUCUGGAGCAGUUACCCCUUGACUCCACAAGCAGAACCACCACACCGGUGUCCUGGUGCACGAGCCAACAGCACUUUUUGUUUCUGCGCUGCUGACCCAAAGGACACUGUACCUUCCACAAAAUCUGCUCCAAAGCCCUGUCCAUCCCUGGCUGCUCUCAUCCAACGUUUAUUUUUAACUGGUAGCAAUGAAAAGGGAGGCAUCACAUGCUGGUAGGAGGGUGGAAGCUCUACAUGGAGGUAGGCGAGCUCUACAAGGGUUUCUGUUCUUUUUAUAAACAUAUUUAACUUCCCUCCUCCCUUCCCAUCCUCCAGACUCUCUUCAGCCCCAUUUCCCCAGGGAAGAGAGGUUAGAUAUCGGUAUUGGGACCCUGUUUUGUCAUUCCCGAGUUGACCAGGAGGGUUGCUGGGGAGAGGCCACCCCUUUCCCCCCAGGGCUGUCUCCCUUCUGCCCUCUCAGUGGUCUGAGCCCUGGCCCUGCCAACCCACCGGGUCUGCAGCCUUCUGGUUUGCCCCAAACCAGCACGUGAGGCACAGAGUGCAAAGAAAACAACACCAGGAAAGGCAAAACAAUCGCAGGUGCACCACAGCGUUGUGCCCAUCUCUAAUGAAAAUACCUUGUCCUCUGGCUGCCCAGGUGAGGGGGGUGACCCAGCUCCCACCACCCGGAGCAUCCCCCGCCAGCGGCGCAGAGAGGAGCAAUAACGAGUGAAUAAAGCACCACACGGGGACACAGGGACCAUUAAUGAACCUCUCGCAAGUUCCUGAAUUGGCCUUACUUUCUGUCUGCUCGUUUCUUAUGAUUAGUUAAUGAAUUGGAGCCCAAAUCAGAUCAUUCAUCAGCUCAGCUUUAAUUGCCUGCCCAGCCUGGCAGGCGCCUUGGAGCGCUGCAGUCAGUAACCUGCCCCCCGAGCGUGAACUGCAGUCAUCUUCCCUGACAGAUCCCAGCAGAGGCAGCAGCAGUAAGAAAACACAACAUUAACUCAUUCUCUCCAUGUCCUUCACGUGGAGGAUGCCCCCCUGCCCUGGCCAGAAGCAGCUCGUCUCUGAGCCCCCCACCUCAGCUUGUCCCCAGCCUGCAGCAACGGGCACGAAGGGGACCCCACUGCUCCCCACAAGGCCCUUGGCAAGGGCCCGUUUUCCAAAGCUAACAUCAGAAGACGACCCUUGGGGCUGUGCUGUGUCCAGGCUGCUGACCCACCCCGUAUUCUUGGCCACCAGGUGUUUUAGUGAACACACGCUUCCAAGCAUUUUCUUUCCUGACUUCAUUCUCUUUCAUUUCUCAUAAGCCACCAAAGCAAAACAAGAACUGUUAAACCACCACAGGUCUCCUCCAGACUCAGAAAACCCAAGUUGCUUGAGAAAAAAAAAAAAAAAAAAACACUCUGAGUGAAGAGGCAGCCUUUUCCACGAGGCCCCGUCCCCCCAGCCCCACUCUGUGCUGUGGAGGCUCCGAGAUCCCUCAGCCCCGGCCCCAGCCAAGGGCAAUGUCAACACUGGCCCCAAAGCAAAGGGGGAAACACCGGAGCAGCCUGGGAACGUGUAAAUUCAUGUGUACAUUUACCAUUAUUUUAGGAGGUUUAUUCAUUGGCCAAGAGUUAUUGCAGUUCAUUUGUGCAACGACACGUUUUGAGUGUAAUAACAGCUCUAGACUUUACAGAAUCACAGAACGAUAUGGGGUUGGAAGGGACCUCUGGAGAUCAUCUAGUCCAACCCCCUAGUUGGUCUAGAUGAACCCCCAGCCCCCAACCCCCCUUAAAGUUUUUUGGUUUUUUUUCACCUUAAGUCUCAGUAUCUCCCCCAUUUAAAAAGUAACAUUUCAAAACAUUGAUAAAAUCAGUGUUUAGAGCCCAAACCCGCCCAGGUGAAGCGACGGGCACUUACCAGGGAGGGUGGUGGGAGCCAAUCCCUUCGUCCCGUGCUGUGGCUGGCACCUGGGACACCGAGCCAGGGACGGGCAGGCGAGGACUCUACGGUGAUAAAAGUGGAGAAAAGAUCUAUUUCUACCAAAGUCCCACCCGAGAGAAGUUUUAAAGGCAGUAGGGAUCAGCCAAAGGUACUUUACCUGGAUUCCCCACCCAACAGACCAGGGAAUUCUGGUGUCUUUUUCCUGCACCGAGCCCAGGAAACACCACAAUGAAAUGUUACAACCACGUUACUAUAAAUGAGAAAACAGAAAUUACUAUUUUUACAUGUAUAUGCUUAGAAACAGUAGGGUAUAUAAUCUUCUCUUAUUUGGUGAUGGGUAGGAGGAAUAAAUAAAACACACAUUUAGUUGAUUGUUCAGAGACACUUGUACAAAUUCAGUGAUGCUUAAUAUUUUUUCCAUGAUGUGAAAUUCAUUUUUUUAAAAGGUUUUUCAAUUUAACAUACUAUUGGGGAGAAGAGAGGUCAAUAAACAAAAAUCUAUUAACUUGCUGUUUUGUAUUAAACUUCAAGAUAUUUAUUUUGUAUUUCUGUAACUGAAAAACAAUGGUUUAGAAAUAUUUUAAGUUUUCAGAAGUUUAUUCAUGGAAGUUGAUAGCACUAAUGUUUAGAUCUGUAACCUGUAAUUAACUAAAUUAAUUGGAGCCGAAUGGAUUAUGGCACCUUAUAGAGCAGAGGUGUAAGAGGCAGAGCUGACCCCAGUGCGGGUGUGCUCCUGAGUGAGCGGGGUGGGGGGUGACGGGGGGACACAGGGCUGGGGAAAGCUCUCAGCACCUGACACGGGUGUUUUAUCCACCCCCUAUGGCCCCCCCACCCCUCCCCUGCGGCACCCCCGUCCCGUGGAA